AUGCCGGCGGGCGCCGAGCAGCCGCGGGGCGCCGAGCAGCGCCCGUCCGCGCAGGGCCCGCCCGCGCAGGGCCCGCCGCCCGCCGCCGAGAAGCCGCCGUCCUCAGGCCGCCGCCGUGCGCCGGCGCCCGCCGCCGAGCAGGGGGAGGAGUCCGGCGGUAGCCGGGUGCUGAGGGGCGGCCGGGAGCGGGGCCGGGCAGCCGCCGCCGCCGCUUCGGCCCCUGGGGGAGCCGCCGCUGCUUCCCGCCGCCGUAAGGCCGAGUAUCCCCGGCGCCGGCGGAGCAGCCCCGGGGCCCGACCCGCCUCCGAGCAACCCGCCGCUGAGACGCUGUCCGCGGCCAAGAAGUCCUCCCGGGCUGGGUGCACGGAUAAAGCAGCUGGUAAAGAUCCCAAAGAAGAGAAGGAGGAGGAGGAGGUCUCCAGUGUCCUCAGCCAUGGCUCCCCUGUCAGCACAGCCAGGCCCAGCAGGAGCUGGCGCAGCAGCAGGGCAGCCACCGUGGCCCGCCAGCGGGACACCGAGAACUCGCGUGCCUCCAGAUCCAAGACAGGCUCCCUGCAGCUCAUUUGCAAGUCGGAGCCAAACACAGACCAGCUCGAGUACGAGGUCACAGAAGAGCAUCAGUCUCCAGCUGGAAUCAGCAGUGAUGACGAGGAGGAGAUGCUCAUCAGUGAGGAAGAAGUUCCCUUCAAAGAUGAUCCGAGAGAUGAAACCUACAAGCCCCAUCUAGAGAAGGAAACACCAAAGCAAAGGAGAAAAGCUAGCAAAGGGAAGGAGGAAAAAGAGAAACAGAAAGAAAUUAAAGUAGAAGUCAAAGAAGAAAGUGAGUUUCGGGAAGAUGAAGAACCACCAAGGAAGAGAGGAAGGAGGAGAAAGGAUGACAAGAGCCCAAGGCUUCCCAAGAGAAGGAAGAAGCCCCCGAUACAGUAUGUGCGCUGUGAGAUGGAAGGCUGCGGCACCGUCCUGGCUCACCCGCGGUACCUGCAGCAUCACAUAAAGUACCAGCACUUGCUGAAGAAAAAAUAUGUGUGUCCUCAUCCCUCCUGUGGUCGGCUCUUCCGACUCCAGAAGCAGCUGCUGCGGCAUGCCAAACACCACACAGAUCAAAGGGAUUACAUCUGUGAGUACUGUGCCCGGGCGUUUAAGAGUUCUCAUAACUUGGCGGUGCACCGAAUGAUCCAUACGGGCGAGAAGCCUUUGCAGUGUGAGAUCUGUGGAUUCACGUGCCGGCAGAAGGCUUCCCUCAACUGGCACAUGAAGAAGCACGAUGCGGACUCCUUCUACCAGUUCUCCUGCAACAUUUGUGGCAAGAAAUUUGAGAAGAAGGACAGCGUCGUGGCCCACAAAGCCAAGAGCCACCCUGAAGUGCUUAUUGCUGAAGCACUGGCUGCCAACGCGGGUGCCCUCAUCACCAGCACUGACAUCCUGGGCACUAAUCCUGAGGCCAUUGCGCCACCCACUGAUGGCCAGGGCCUGCCCCUGCUUCCCGACCCCCUGGGAAGCACUGCCCCUGCGGAUUGCCUGCUGCUCAAUCCCGACGGGAUGCCCAAGACGUUCUGCGGUGCGGCUGAGCGCGUGAGCCUGGUGGCUGACGGGAAGCUCUUUGUGGGCAGCGGCAGCAGUGCAAACCCCGAGGGGCUGGUCAUGAACACCGAGAUCCUGGGAGCCACCGCUGAGGUGCUCAUUGAAGAUUCAGACUCCACUGGACCCUAGUGGGCGGGAGCAGGCGGGUCCUGGGACAGUUUGGAUUCUGUAUUUAAAAGGAGGAGAAAAGAGAAAGAAAGAAAAAAGACACAGAAACAGAGGAAAUUUAAACAAAUCUCACAAUUCUAGUAAAGAACUGAAGGGUCUGCUCCCCUCCAGCUUGGAUCACAGCACAUCCUCUUUCUCCCAACCACUUCUCUCUCCCACUACCCCUUUGCAGAAAGGGGCACAUGCUGCCAUUACCAGAGCAAGUUGGAUUGAGUGACAUAUUUCUCCAAGGGAGGCGGGGGGGAGAAACUGCUGAAGCCCUUCCUCUAGCCCAAAGUAGAUGCCUUUCUGGCUCCUUGAUGUGGCACCAUUUGCAAAUUAGAAAGCAUCUGAUGUGCUCUGUACAGGUUUCUUAAGACUCCCUCUUGCCCCUGGUCCCAACUUCUAUGCAUCGCUGCACUCUGGUCCUUGCAGUCUCUUUCUUCCUCCUGGGGCUGGGAGUUUGGUUUGGCACUUUAGGCCCCUCACGUAGCAGGGUGAGCUCCGGAACAGGCACAUCCCUCUCCCCACUGCGCUUCUCUGCUCCAGCUCUGGCAGGAAAUGGAGGGAACGCCCUGGCUCAUAGAUCAUGUUUGCUUGGAGAGGCCCGGGGGCUACGGGAGCCCUGCGUGGGAGAGGCGAGGAGGAGCAUCCCAGUUUGACGACAGUAAUUUGCACUUUGAACAUGCUUCGUUUUUGUGUUGUGGUAACAAGAUUCGUUAUUUAUUGAUUAAAAAAGGGUCGGUA